UAUUCAGCAUUGAACAUGACCAGGAUGAAAAAGCUUGUCAUUACCAGACAGACACAUACCGCCAUCGAACUUGGGGAGGAGAAACGAGCGUGACGCGAAUGGAUCCCGGGUCACGGUCACAAGCACUAAUAUGAAGACGUGACAGAAGUCACAAACCUUCAUUAUUGCACCGCCACACUCCGUACUGAAACACCCUCUUUGUCUCAAUCCAUACAACAACGCCAAGAGAAAUGGCUGAUCAAGCAGAACUUGUCUUUGUCAGGAACUUUGUAAAAGUCAUUGGAGCCCAGCCCAUCGUGUACAGUGACGACUACAAUCAACCUCCACAGAAUUCACUAAAGAAAGUCCCUAUCUUACCAGUUGAGCUCCCCCCUGUUCCAGAACGUAAAGGAGAACCUUCUGCACCGCCAGCCGCAUCAAUCAGUAUUACGUUCAAGUCAACAAAGCCUCCGCAGUCGUUCACGCUUGCUGUGCAGCCAACAGAUACUAUAUCCGAAGUUAAAGCCUUGCUUGCUUCUCAACCGAACGCACCGCCCGCAGAAGCACAGCGGCUUUUACUCAAAGGAAAGGCACUUGCUGACGCAAAGCUCCUUAAGGAAUACGGUGUGAAAGAAGGAGACACUAUAAAUUUAAUGCUUAAACCCGGGUUUGAGUGGGAUCCUACUAAAUCUCCAUCCCCGUCCAACACUUCACCAGUAAAGAUGAAAUAUUCCAAUCUUCCCGAAAUACAGACACCGCAACCGAAACUGGCAACAGGUCAUAAGCAUACACGCACGCCCUCCAUCGUAUUGUCGCCAUCACCAUCAAUCGUGUCUCUCGAGCCCGAGGUCAAACCUCACGACAUUGAUCUGACUCUUGACACGUCACUGUUACCCACCGCUUCAAUAUCGCGCGCAGCGCGGUCAAGUUAUCAGACUGUUAUCUCCGAGCCACCAUUUUGGGAUCGCCUGUACUCUUACUUGAGAACGGAAUUCAGUAACGAUAGUGAUGCACUCAUCGCUUUUGAGGACUUCCUCCGGGCAAGCAAGGGAGGGCUGACAGCCAGUGAAAUCGCGAAAAUCCGUGAUCAUGUAGGCGUUGUCGGAAUGGCGGGCACGUAGAGUAAUGAGCAUCUCUCGAAAACUGGAAUUCACGCAUCGAUGGAAACAUGCCAACAAAUUACCAGAAAAGGUAAUUUUCCGUGACCUAUUGAUUUGUCUCAACAAUAUCUAUGAAUAUUCCUCCGGAGUGCUGUUCUGGCUUCGCCCUUGUAGGCCGUUGAACAAGAAUAAUUGUGUUCCAUGGACUUGUAGAACGUGAACUUCCCGCCCGUAUGAUAGUGAUUGCCUUUCAAAAGUCUGCCCGCCCGCAGCUUCAGCGCGCUGCGUAAGUACGUUCAUGUCCGAGUCGCGCCCAGGAUGAUUUAAAGCCGCC